AUGAAGAAUAAGCUUAUUUUUCUAAUAAUCAUCAGCAUUAUCAACAACAUCAGUAACAACAACAUCAACAACAACAACAUCAACAACAACAUCAACAACCACAUCAACAAUAAUGAUGUUGAUAAUAUUUAUAACAACAAUAACAACGACGAUGCGCAUGACGAAGAAAACAACUAUAACCCUGAACAUCAACAUCAACAAAAACAACAACAGCCUCAACAACAUCAACAGCAGCAACGACAAUUACAACCAUUACAUUACGAGGUAGAUAGCGUAGCUCUACUGCAUAUGUGCUCUGGAAAUUUUUUACAAGUUUCAAAUGGCGGGAAGAAUGGCGAAAAAUACGUCAUCAAUGCUAAAUCGAAUGUGAACAAUGAAAAUACAUUGUUCACGGUGAGAUACUUAGGGAAGAAUAUUCCUCUUUCUCCUUAUCUUCUUCAUCGUCAUAAGAUGCUAUCGAGUCCAAUUGUGCAGCUGCAGCACAAGAAAACUGGACUGUGCGUCUGCUUCGGUCUGAAUGGCAAACUCACAUUAAAGAAACUGACAGGCGAACCAUCACCGAACUGUUUAUUGAAGGAGGAGUUUCAUAUGAACCCGGCAGCGAGAACAUACACAUCUCUCCUCAGCGACAACUGGCACUUGAGGUUCAACAACGAAGGUUCUAAAAUAAACCCGCAUCGACAACAUCGCGACAAUACUUUGCUAAGACCAACUCCAACAAAUACCGGCUUCAAAAAGAGCGAUGGCAACGUUUAUUACGGUAACUAUAUCGAUUCGGAUGCUCUCGAUAACUACUAUAGAUACGAAUAUAAAAGGAAAAAAACAAAAAAAAAUUCAACUGCCCAUGACAACGACAGCCACAGUCUAGUCGAAAGAUCGUUUAAUAAUGAAGAUCAAACCGUACCGAAGGAAUGCAACUAUUUCAAGCUAAUCAAUCCACCCAAAGCAUUAUCCGACGCCGAUAAGAAUGUGCAAUAUUUCCUAACGAGGCUGAACAACCACAACCGACCGACUCGAUAAUUAUUUAUUAUAAUUCGAUUAUAACCGUUUAAUAAUCGACCGAAUACUGGAAAGGGUUGAAUAACUGGAUAAACCAGAAUGAAUUUUUUGAAUUGGUAGAUCGUAACACCGAUCGGUACUUAAUAUCUACAAUAAGGAAUUUGCUGGAAAUUCUCUAUUAAAAGUAAAAUGGAGUGAGUCGUAUUAUAUCUUCAACAUGGUUGAUAUGAUGAAACAAAUUGCAAUUAUGAAAAUGUAAAUAUGUAUGUAAGUGAACGUAAAUUGUAGGAAACAAUCGAUUAAUUAAUUAAUUAGUUUAUUUAUAUAUUCAUUCAUCCAUAAUUAAUUUAUUUGUAAAUAAGUUCAAUUUGAAAUGUUAUUUUCAAAUAAAUCGAGAAUAAAGUUCUUUCC